CGUCGGGGGGUGGUUCGCGCGUCUCGCCGGAAGCGCGUCAUUUCGUCGGCGGGCAGCGGAGGAGGAGGAUGAGCAAGGGGCGGGAGGGUCCCGCGGCGGGCGGAGCCGCCGCCGUCCUGCUUCGGUACCUGCGGGAGCAGAACCGGCCUUACAGCGCCCAGGACGCUUUCGGGAACCUGCAGCGGGAGCACGGGCUGGGCAAGGCGGCCGUGGUGAAGGCGCUGGAGCAGCUGGCACAGCAGGGCCGCAUCCGCGAGAAGGCGUACGGCAAGCAGAAGGUUUACUUCGCCGACCAGGAGCAGCUCCCGGCCGCCAGCGAUGCGGAGCUGCGAGGGCUGGACGGGGAGAUCGCGGCUCUGUCGGCCCAGGUGCAGGCGCUGCAGCAGGGCUGCCGGCAGCUGGAAGCGGAGCUGAGGGAGCUGAGCGGCUCCAUGACGACCCCCGAGAUGGCCCGGGAGGUCGAGGAGCUGAGGAAGGACUGCGCCGGUUACGCGGACAAGCUGGAGAGGAUCAAGUCUGCCACCAACCACGUCACGCCGGAGGAAAAAGAGAAGGUGUGCAGCGAGCAGAGGCUGUACUGUAAGGAGUGGCGGAAGAGGAAGCGGAUGGCGACCGAGCUGCUCGACGCCAUCCUGGAGGGGUACCCCAAAAGCAAGAAGCAGUUCUUCGAGGAAGUUGGCAUAGAAACGGAUGAGGACCACAAUGUCACCCUGCCAGCAGCUGUGUGAGCCCCGUGUCCUGUUGAGGUCAGGUGUCUUCACGGCGCUGUGGCCAGGAAGGUGUAACUGCACUGUUCUGGAGGCUCUGGUGUUGUAGCAAGAAGAGGAAGCCUGGUACAGGUGACUGAACUGGUUUUGGUUUUGGCUGCAGAGCCCUAGCACAAGUUCAGCAAACUGAACUGCAGGGGGCGGCUUCCCGGGGUGCGUACGGAGUUGUCCACGAGACUAGGCUUCAUUAAACACCAGCCUGUUGUUUCAGA